ACACUACCAGCUUACCGCACAGCACGGAGAGAGAGGGAGCGGGAGAGAGAGACAGAGAGCGCGCUACACCUGCUGUUACCUGCUGCCUCAGACAACAUCCCCUUCUUCCACGGCCGGACCCAUCCCCACCACCCCGGUCGAACCCCCCCCCCCCCAUCCGCCUCUGGACCAUGGUCCGUCAAACCAGCUGCGUCAUGAGUGUCCCCACAAGUGCCAACGCUGAGAGUCACGUCCCUGCCCCCUGGAGUGCCCCCUACAGCUGUGUGGAUGCUUCCGCCAUGGUUCCAGCGUUUCCGGGCCGGUCCUGGGCCCAGGAGACCCAGCCGCAGUUCUGGUCCAAGUUCCAGGUGUGGGAGUGGCUGCAGCAGACGCUGGACAUGCACCAGAUCGACGCCGCCAGCAUCCCCUUCCACAAUUUCGACAUGGAUGGCCAGCAGCUCUGCAGCAUGAGCUUCCAGGACUUCACCCAGGCGGCCGGGCCCAUCGGCCCCCUCCUCUUCCAGAGCAUCGCCGACCUCAAGUGGAGCGGUCAAUAUGGCAUCGAGAUCUUUGCUCCACUGGAUAUUAAGACAGAGGUAAACGAAUUCCAGUGCUCGAUUCCUCCCCUCAGGGAAGACUUCAACACCUGGCCGUGCCCAGGCGACGAGCAGCUCCGACCAAGGAUGAGCCCCCAGGACCUUGUUGACAUCAAGACGCCUUUCCCACCACCUGCUGCCUUGACUUCCCCCACACCCUCCAGCCCAGAGUCAAAGCGGCUGCAGAACCGUCCCCAAACCACACAACACAAGAAACACAACCCCCGGGGGACCCACCUGUGGGAGUUCAUCCGGGACAUCCUGCUGCACCCCGACAGGAACCCGGGUCUGAUAAAGUGGGAGGACCGGGCGGCGGGGGUGUUCCGCUUCCUCAAGUCGGAGGCCGUGGCUCAGCUGUGGGGCAAGAAGAAGAACAACAGCAGCAUGACCUACGAGAAGCUCAGCAGGGCCAUGAGGUAUUAUUACAAGCGGGAGAUCCUGGAGAGGGUGGACGGCCGCAGGCUGGUCUACAAAUUCGGCAGGAACGCGCAAGGAUGGAAAGAAACAGAGAAAUGAAGUGAUCAGCAGCGCAAGGAUGGAAAGAAACAGAGAAAUGAAGAGAUCAGCAUCUGUGCCGAUCCCCGUUUCCAGAGAACCACUAAGUGAAGACUUUUAAUUUAUAUCAUCACAUCAGACGCAGUCUGUUACUGCAAAGACUCUGUGAUGCACCUUUUUCUGGUUUUUUACAAGUUUUUUUAUACACAUUUACAUUUGUUUGCAGCUGAAAAAGGACACGUCAUAUUUCAUUUCUUUCCUUUGCGUGGAACGGGUCAUUUCUCACUGGAGACAGAGUGGACAGGUGUGCAGCACGGAGGAGCACCUGGAGCCAAGUGAGGGCCCGCGGACAGUCUAACUUUCAGUCUCAGAACCUCUCAGAAUUAGGCCAACACACUUUACACAUGUUUCUGCAUCUCUGUAGUAAAGGAUAAGGGUUUCAGUGAAAAGAAAUGCGGUAUUUCAUUUGUUUGAUUUAUGGGGGUUUGUUCUUCUUGCUUUCCUACUCUCUUUAUGACACGGGUCAAUUUUAUACUUUAAAGCUUGUGUGUGUGUGUCAUUUUCCAUGGUACCUAUGUAGAGUUGUACACAUUCAGUGUAGAAAUGUGACACAGGCAAUACAGGGCAUUAAAACAGUCCAGGUGUCAGAGAUGAGCCAUCAGAUGAGACCUCGUUCCAGAUCCUCCGUUUCACAGAAUCUGGCAAACGGGUACAGAUCACCACAGCUGCCCCCUGUUCCCGAGACAUGAGGCAUCACCAUGCAAAACCUUUUAGCACACGCAAAACUCAGAACACAAGCAAUGAUCU